AUGAACUCGAGUGGUGAUGCUCCGCCGCACAAGCGCCUCGCUUCAGAGCAGUUCAAGCGUGACAACGACACUCAUGUCGGUGCUCGAGAACACACCCACGGCGCUUCAGCGCUAAGCGCACGUGCACGCUUUCUGCGAGAGCUAGAGCAGUACGCGAGUGAUGAUGACGACUAUGGUGGCAACAUGGGCACCACUGUCGCUUCUGCAGGGCCGGUACGGCGGAUGGGCCACGCCAACGGAGCCCCGCAGAGCAGCUCUGCAUGUCCACGGGCACCAGCCACGCACGCAGCUACACCGUCUGUCGGCCUACCAAGCAGAGCAGACUUCUUCUUCGGUGAAGAAGGUGACGUGCACGAUGAAGCGGACGAGGACGCCGUCGGUGAUGAUGCGGUGGGGAACACGGCACCUGCUGCCUCGUCAACGAGCUUCUUCACCGGUGCCUCCACCAACGCCAGCGACACAAACGGUGGCAGCGCGGCACCGUCUCGUGUUGGAAUGCAGCUGCUGCAUCGCAUGCACGCGCUCAACACAUCGAGUGACCACCGCCGCAGCGCCCGUGAUGCAGCCGCCAACCCCGCCGCAACCGGUGAAAAGGGGGUACACCACAUUCCAUUCACACAGACGUCAUCUGGUGACUUCACGGUUGUUCACACGUAUGUGCCACUGAGCACGGGCGGCUUCCUGAGCACGGCCAACGCGGCGCAUGACACGAUGGAGGGACAUCAGGUGCGCAUCGGUGAUAUUCUCUCUCUGCGGAAGCCCCUCAGCGGCGCCGACCCAUCACCGAGCCACGCAGUGACGAGUACAACUACAUCUUCCCCUCCAACUUCAACUGCACCCUCCACCCUCACCACCGACUCGGCAGUGGCGGCGGUCGCGCAGAAGGUGAUGAGUCACUUCAGGAGCGCCGCCAGCCUCACCCCCGAGGAGCGGAAGUACGGGCGGCAGCUCACCGCGGACAUGACGCAUUCCCUCUUUGAGGUGACACGGGUGGACCAGCAGGGGCGCAGCAUCGAGGCGCUCUUCCUGGACGGUACACGCGCGAAAGUGUCCUUCUUCGAGGUGCGGCCGGCAGGGUACGUUGAGCAAAGGAUGUACGCGGUGUGGAAGGCCGACCCAGCAAGUCGCCCCGUGACCAUCAUCCACAGCAACGCAUCGACACCAACCACGCCGUCGGCUCCAAACGGAGCCGUGGUGCCGUCCUCUUCGCCAUCGCCUGCGCUUCAGCCGCCACCCUCAGUGACCGCCGCGGCGUGGUGGGUAAUCCCGCAUCUUCUCGUGCGGCUCACGGCGGAGGCAGCCGGUGACUGGUGCGGCAAAAAGUGCGUCGUCAAGUCCGUGCAACGAAGCGAAAAUCGUAUCCGGCUGACGGAAUGGGUGGAGGGGAGCAGCAGCGGUGAGAGUGGCAGCAGGAGCGUCCACAACUCCGGUAAGUUAACGGCUGCUGCAGCCGAGAUGCGAGAGCUGAUAGGGGUGGACGGACUUGAGACAGUGGUCCCUAAGAAGGGUGGCCGUGCCAUGGUGGUACUGGGGAACAGGCGAGGCGAGAUGUGCACUAUCCGAAACCGCGUUCGUGGCGCCGAUGGUGAAUUGAUGGCUGUCGAGGUAGAGAUUAGCCGGACAAAGGAGGUGAUGACGCUGCAGGCGGACGAGCUGUGUGCCCUGGCGCGAUGA